AUGGCUACUGUGGAAGCUAGCAGCAGUGACGGGAAAGGGCAGGGGGUCGAGACCUCCGUCACUUAUUACCGGUUGGAGGAGGUAGCGAAGCGCAGUUCCUCGAAGGAAAUAUGGCUGGUGAUCCACGGGCGAGUCUACGAUGUCACCCGCUUCCUCGAAGAGCAUCCUGGUGGAGAGGAAGUUCUGCUGGAACAAGCUGGUGUAGAUGCGAGUGAAAGUUUUGAAGAUGUUGGACACUCCUCUGAUGCCAGAGAAAUGCUGCAGCAGUACUACAUUGGCGAUGUCCAUCCGUGUGACCUUAAAACCGAACAUAAUAGCAAGGACACUCCGACAAAUAAUGCGUGCAAAAGUUGCUGGUCAUACUGGGUUUUUCCCAUCAUAGGCGCUAUUCUCUUAGGCUUCCUGUAUCGUUACUACACGUCGGAAAGCAGAUCCUCCUGA